UAUUGAUUAAGACCUUAAUUAACAAAACCAGCCAGCUUAUCUGAAUAACUCCUACCCCAGAUGGAUUCAACCUUGAAACCAUCCUUUGCUUUUUCUCAUCAUAUACCAAUUCUGUUAGCUAGUUUUUUGCUUUUAUUUCCACCAUUUGCUAAAACUAGCUCACUCUAUAACUCCUUAGUAUACAGCAAAUGUGCAAACCAAACACUUACAGCUUCUACUGAGUCUCACUCACAAAUCCUGUCUUCUCUCUUUCAAGAAUUCUCUCUGCAAUCCUCUCAUUCCAAGUUCUUUAAAACCACUGCUGGUGAUGACAAUAUUGGCAUCUCUGGUCUCUUUCAGUGCAGAGGUGAUCUCGGUAACGAUGAAUGCUAUAAUUGUGUAAACACACUUCCUAAGGUAUCAAACAACAUGUGUAAACAAGCUUUUGCAGCUAGAGUUCAACUAAAUGGGUGCUAUUUCCAUUAUGAAACUGAUGGGUUCGACGACGACGACGACAGCACGCCUAAACAUGAAUUGCUUCAUGAAACAUGUAGCGAGAAGAAGGCAGGGGAUGGUGGUUUCAUAGAGGUAAGGGAUGCAGCUUUCAUCGCAAUGGAAAGUGAAGGGGUGAAUGAUAAAGGAUUUUAUGAAGCGGAUUAUGAACACAUGCAUGUAAUGGCACAGUGUGAAGGUGAUUUAUGGGGUUGUGAUUGUAGUGAAUGUGUAGGAAUUGCAGUGGAAAUUGCUCAGAAGGAUUGUGGUAGCUCAGUUUCAGGCCAAGUUUACUUGGACAAAUGCUUUUUGAGCUAUGCUUAUAAUUCAAAAGGGAAACCAGGCAAUUCAUACCCAGAAGAAGAGAAAAAUGGAAAUAAUGCUGGGAAAACAGUGGCAAUUGUAAUGGGAGCAGCAGCAGCUGUGACUGCUGGGUUUAUGCUUCUGAAGCUCAUGAAAUCGAGGUGUAACAAAAAUGAUGAUAUAUAGUAUGUGUUUUCUUUAUUUUUGGUGCAACUGUGAAUUAUUUAUAUAAAAAAUAUGUAUAUAAAAUAUAUAAAUUUAUAUAUAAAUAUUUAAUAA